UGCCUUUUAUCGUGCAUUCUGCUUUUCAUCCUGUAGCCUCGGAAAGAAAAGGAUGCAGCUUGUCCGAGGCCUGCACUGUUUUCAAUAUUUACUUUUAUUGGUGUCAUCUCUUGGUUUCCUGGGAAGGGGUGGGCUGGUAACUGAUCCACCACGGUGCACCUGUUUGCUCAGGACACUUCCUAGGAACGCAUCUGUAGUUUCACGAAUGUUGUCCAUUUAAAACAGAAGCACUCCUUCGGAGAGUUUGUACGGGGAGCUUCUCAAAUGAAUGAUCCGUUUUUUGGCAUCUCCAGGGUUAAAGGCCCUCUCAGAAUCUAUACGUCCUGGAAAAGGCAAUUUCUAGACUCAGCUGCUUAGCCCCAUUUUAUUUUUUCCCCAGCAAACAGGAAAUGGAGCCCUGAAGGCCUUUUUUUUUUUUUUUUUCUAAACUGGAAAGUGUGUGGGAAGGGGGCAUACCUAGGAUGCCCACUUACAACCCUCAGCCUGACCCAGACUUGGGGGUCUCUGUGUGUUUUUUCUUCCCUCUCUUUUUUUUUUCUAUUAUUUUGGCAGACUUUUUGGAAUGUCUGGGAGCUAAGGGCUUUGCUUCAUGGAGCAGAAUUCUGAAGCAAGAAAAAGAGAAAGUUAUAGACUAAACCACAGAAAUGUAAACACGUCUGCAGCUAAAAUAACUCCACUCUCAUUGAAAACACUCCUCCUUCACAAUCAGACUUCUGUGUGCUAUGGUCAAUAAAACUGCAUGUUAAUAGCGACCAAUUAAUAGAUUGUGUUGCCCGGCCUUAAAAGUUGAGGGAGUUUUAAUUAUUAUUUUUCAAAUUAAAGGAGUGCUUAUUCCCUCCCUUCCCUUGGGGUGGGGGGGACUUAGCUUUCUUUUCUGGCUGUUUGCUGAAAUUCUUGGCUGUUAAAGUUUGGAGAGGGAGGGACAUGAGUAGUUUUCACUUGGUCGGAAAGGGCAGAGCGUGCAAGAGGACGCUCUGGAAGGGGUUCCCUGCAAUCCGCGCCCGGACGGUGGUGACGGUCCCCGGGGGACCGAAGUGAAGAGAAGCAGCGGCACUCAGCUGUCCCCGGUUCUACCUGGACGCUGAACGAGCUGGCCUGCUGAAGGACAUGAUUCAGACUGUCCCGGACCCAGCAGCUCACAUCAAGGAGGCAUUGUCAGUGGUGAGCGAGGACCAGUCGUUGUUCGAGUGCGCCUACGGGACGCCGCACCUGGCGAAGACGGACAUGACCGCGUCCUCCUCCAGCGACUAUGGGCAGACGUCCAAGAUGAGCCCGCGCGUCCCCCAGCAGGACUGGCUGUCGCCACCCUCGGCCAGGGUCACCAUCAAGAUGGAGUGUAACCCUAACCAGGUGAACGGCUCGAGAAACUCCCCCGAUGAGUGCAGCGUGGCCAAAGGCGGGAAGAUGGUGGGCAGCCCGGACUCGGUCGGGAUGAGCUACGGCAGCUACAUGGAGGAGAAGCACCUGCCGCCCCCCAACAUGACCACGAACGAGCGCCGAGUCAUCGUCCCGGCAGAUCCCACGCUGUGGAGCACGGACCACGUGCGGCAGUGGCUGGAGUGGGCGGUGAAAGAGUACGGGCUCCCGGACGUGGACGUCGUGCUCUUCCAGAACAUCGACGGCAAGGAGCUGUGCAAGAUGACCAAAGACGACUUCCAGAGGCUCACGCCCAGCUACAACGCCGACAUCCUCCUCUCCCACCUCCACUACCUCAGAGAGACUCCUCUUCCACAUUUGACUUCAGACGAUGUUGAUAAAGCCUUACAAAACUCUCCACGGCUAAUGCAUGCCAGAAACACAGGGGGCGCAGCUUUUAUCUUCCCCAAUACUCCAGUCUAUCCUGAAGCCACGCAAAGAAUCACAACUAGGCCAGAUUUACCUUAUGAACCACCCAGGAGAUCAGCCUGGACCGGUCAUGGCCACCCCACCCCCCCGUCAAAAGCUGCUCAGCUGUCGCCGUCCACGGCGCCCAAGACCGAGGACCCGCGGCCUCAGCUGGAUCCGUACCAGAUCCUGGGGCCAACGAGCAGCCGCCUCGCGAAUCCAGGGAGCGGACAGAUCCAGCUGUGGCAGUUUCUCCUGGAGCUCCUGUCCGACAGCUCCAACUCCAACUGCAUCACCUGGGAGGGCACCAACGGGGAGUUCAAGAUGACGGACCCCGACGAGGUGGCCCGGCGCUGGGGGGAGCGCAAGAGCAAGCCCAACAUGAACUACGACAAGCUCAGCCGCGCCCUCCGCUACUACUACGACAAGAACAUCAUGACCAAAGUGCACGGGAAGCGCUACGCCUACAAGUUCGACUUCCACGGGAUCGCCCAGGCCCUCCAGCCCCACCCGCCGGAGUCGGCCCUGUACAAGUACCCCUCGGACCUGCCGUACAUGGGCUCCUACCACGCCCACCCGCAGAAGAUGAACUUCGUGGCGCCCCACCCUCCGGCCCUGCCCGUGACGUCGUCCAGCUUCUUCGCCGCCCCGAACCCCUACUGGAAUUCGCCCACGGGGGGCCUGUACCCGAACACGAGGCUUCCGGCCGGCCACAUGCCUUCCCACCUGGGCACUUACUACUAAAGACCCGGGCGAGGCCCUUCCCGACACCACGACGUGGUCACCAGCAAAAGCCACAAACCCGGUUGGAGGAGAGGAGUCGACACGGGCCUCGAGGGGACCGGGGGGGCUUGGCGGAGCUGGGGAAGGAAGCCACCGUGGACGAGACCCAGGGACUCUGAGCGGGAGGGGACUGCCAAAGUAUUACUACAGGAGUAGAGGGGAUGCUAGCUACGACACGCGUAUGGACCGACGAUCUGUGGCCCGACCUGGUAAAGGACAUUGUACGUAGGCGCAC